UGUGAGAGCACACAUCAAGAAGUGCUUUGCCUGCAUUGCAGCUAAGACGCCAACACCGACAAUACGAACUCCAAGACGACACUUGCUGGCAUUCAAGCCCCUAGAACUGAUCGCAAUCGAUUUUCUGAAAUUGGAUAAGGGUCAAGGUGGAUACGAGGAUGUCUUGGUAAUCACUGAUGCAUUCACCAAGUUUGCACGAGCAAUCCCCUGCAAGAACCAGACUGCAGCAGUUGUUGCACGUGCCUUAAUCGAUGGUUGGAUAGUCCACUACGGUGCUCCACUUCGUAUCCACUCCGAUCAAGGACGAAAUUUCGAGAGCUCUCUUGUCCGAGAAUUAUGCAAACUGUACGGAAUUGAGAAGACACACACCACACCGUACUAUCCACAAGGCAAUGGACAAACGGAAAGGUUCAACCGAACGUUAUGCAGCAUGAUUCGUUCCCUUGAGCCAGAUCGUCGGAGAAAGUGGCCUGGGCUGAUCCACCAGCUGGUUUUCCUAUACAACUGCACCCCUCAUGGAACAACAGGGCUAUCGCCAUACCGUCUCCUGUAUGGGAGAGAGCCGCACACACCAAUCGACCAGCUAAUUGGGAAUAGCGAAGCAGACUGGAAUGAGGACUUUCUUACAGAGCAUUCGAAGUCGCUACAACAUGCUCAUACGGUUGCUAAGCAAAACAUGGAAGCGAUCUUGAGAAGUGAAAAGAUCAGACAUGAUGCUCUACCAAUGAGUUCCACACUAAGCAUUGGCACCCGGGUACUGAUCAAGAAGUGCGCGUUUGAGGGUCGACACAAGCUUGACGACAAAGUGUUGAGAGAUCCCUUCAUAAUCACGGCGGUAAAUGACACGGGUGACGUUUACAAAAUUCGACCAAUGUUAGGAGGACCAACCAAAGUAGUGAACAGAAGGUUGCUGAUUCCAGACCCACGUGAAGAGAUGCCAGUUCAUAUUGUUCAGGAAAGCAGAAGUGACCAUACCACGUCACAACACCCCUCGACUCGUUCUAUAGAAGAGAACACCCCCUCUUUCACUUUCUUGUGGGAUCGACCGAUGAAUAUUCCAGGGGAUCAGAACAACCUGCGAGUAGACAUUCGUGACGAUGAAUAUAUUCCAGAUGAGGGAAAUGACCACGACGGAGCAAAUGUUGAGAAUGAAGAAAAUGGUACGGAUGACGUUCUCAAUCUGAGCGGAGAUAUAGUACCUGAUGAGAUAGACAACUCUCAACUUGAGAACCCCAGUCCCGAGGUACCGCGUAGGAGGUCUAAUCGAGUAACUAAAGGCCAGCAUAGAAAUCCACUGCGGCUUCCAAUAUCGGCGUUACAAGAGUAAAAAAAAAAAAAAAAAGAAGAGAGUUUUGAAUUUGAAGACAAGAAUUAAAUAUUUACUUGUCAGAUUAAGAUGUGAUGUGUUAUUAAUGCUAUGCAUAAUGUUUUAAAGAACAUUGUUUUGUAUUUUCAUAUACUACUGAAAAACAUUUUGGUCAAACAUUAUGACAUUAAUUGCGGGGAAGUGUAUUAUAGAAAGAUUUUCAUUGCUUAUAUUUUCAUGUAUCGCUAAAAUCUCGGUCAAACAGUAUGACAUUAAUUGCGGGGAAAGGUGACGAUUUGGAAUUUCGCUCGUAAUAAUGUAUCAUUUUUAUCAAACAUUAUGACAUUAAUUGCGGGGAAUAUGUUGUAAUAUGGAAUGUUGAGGUAAUUAUGCCAUAAUGUAUUAUAGUGUAUUGGUGCAUUAGUGUAUAAGGAAUUGUAGGUGGAGCAGUCUACAAUGUAAGCUACCCCCCCUUCCUCAUCAGACAAUAGCCUUACUUUCCCGCCUUUUUGGGGGUACCUGUAUUGCCCAAUGUACUGAUACCCUAUAGGCAUGAUUGGGGAUCCUAUUGUAAGUUUUAGUGGAUGAGUGAUUUUCUUUUGUUCGGGGUCUGUGCACCCAGAGCUGCUAUAGCAGGGACAGAGAGACAUUGUAGAUUUGAGAGAGAGGAGAGAAGCACUAAUUUGUGCCUGCUAAUGGAGAUUGUUAUUUACUUCUGGCAGAUCACAAUUCAUGUAAGUUGAUUUAUACUGUUGGAACUGAUGAUUAUUAUAUAUAUUUCAUAUUAUUAAUGGAUGUCACAUUUUAUGAAUUGCUGAAGAUAAGAUAGUGAAAGUUGAGGAUUGUUGAACCAUGUUGUAUGUACACUGAUAUAAUGACACUUUAUGAUAAAUGUGAUUAACUUAUUUCAUUUGCAUUACAUGUAUCAUGCUUUAUAAAGUAGAUUAUUAUGCUUGAAUUUCUGAUAAUGAUGAAAUGAUAAUUACUCUGACAAAUUAAAUUAAUUUUAAGUUUGUCUUUAUAUAGAUUGAAACAUGUUUCUGUUAAACAAAGUCAAUUAAAAGAAUGACUACCAAAGAGGAUUUAUAUAUAUAUAUAUAUUUGAAUGUAAUUACAUUGUGUCAUGCAGUUUUCACAAAGUCAUUAUUGUGAAGUAAGAAUUGUUAUUUUAUUGUUGUUACCUUUAGGGCUGCAUGUGGUGAAAUCUCCUUAUUUGAUGAACUACACUUUCUACAAUAAGGUGGAAGCUUUGUUUAUGAUCAGGGGUCGGACGACAGCAUAUAGCGUUAGUGUUGCUUCGUCGUUAUAGUAUUGGCCGGGGCUGUGUUUUCUUUGGUGAAUAAAUGCAAGACUAAAGUUUA